AUGAAGUUCACCCUGGGUCUGGGGUCGCAGGCGUGGAGAGUGUCUUGGGAGCGAGCGGCGGAGGCCGCGGCUGCCGCUGGGGCGGCAGCGGACUCCGGAGCGGGAGUCAGCGAGCUUGGUGGCGGCGCACAGCGCGUUUCCAGCCCGCGGCCGGGUUGCCGCGACUCUCGGCUCGCGCUCGCCUUCCCUCUAUGCCUCUCCCGCGGCGGCGGCGCCCGAGCUCUCCCGGACUGCGCCGGGCCCAGCCCCGGCCGCCCAGGCUCCAGGCAGCUGGCUGGCCCGCGCGCCAUGGAGCAGACCUACGGCGAGGUGAACCAGCUGGGCGGCGUAUUCGUCAACGGCCGCCCCCUGCCCAACGCCAUCCGCUUGCGCAUCGUGGAGCUGGCGCAGCUGGGCAUCCGACCCUGUGACAUCAGCCGGCAGCUUCGGGUAUCCCAUGGGUGUGUGAGUAAGAUCCUGGCGCGCUACAACGAGACAGGUUCCAUCCUGCCAGGGGCCAUUGGAGGCAGCAAACCCCGCGUCACCACCCCCAACGUGGUUAAGCACAUCCGGGACUACAAGCAAGGGGACCCUGGCAUCUUUGCCUGGGAGAUUCGCGAUCGGCUGCUGGCCGACGGCGUCUGCGACAAGUACAAUGUGCCCUCCGUGAGCUCCAUCAGCCGCAUCCUGCGCAAUAAGAUUGGUAGCUUGGCUCAGGCCGGGUCCUACGAGGCGAGCAAGCAGCCUCAGCCACAGCCGGCGCUGCCCUACAACCACAUCUAUCAGUACCCCUACCCCAGCGCCGUGUCGCCCACCGGCGCCAAAAUGGGCAGCCACCACGGGGUCCCGGCCACAACAGGCCACGUCAGCAUUCCCCGUUCAUGGCCCUCGGCGCACUCGGUCAGCAACAUCCUGGGCAUCCGUACGUUUAUGGAGCAAACAGGGACCUUAGCUGGGAACGAAGGUGCCACCUACUCCCCGAAGAUGGAAGACUGGGCCAGCGUGAACCGCACGGCCUUCCCUGCCACCCCAGCAGUAAAUGGGCUCGAGAAACCUGCAUUAGAGGCGGACAUUAAAUACACUCAGUCGGCCUCCAGUCUUUCUGCAGUGGGUGGCUUCCUCCCGGCAUGCGCCUACCCGACCUCCAACCAGCACGGCGUGUACAGCACUCCGGCGGGGGGCUACCUCGCUCCGGGUCCACCGUGGCCUCCGGCGCAGGCCCCCCAGCUGGCGCCCUCUGGAGCCAGCGUCACCGUGCACGGCGGGGAGCUCUCCGUGGCAUCGAUGACGAUCAAGCAUCCCAGCCGAGAAGUGGCCGACCGGAAGCCGCCCAGCCCCGGCGGCAAGGGCCCGGACAGCAUCAGUAGCUUACAUGGACUGCCCGUCCCAGUAUCGACCUCGUAG